UCUAUUUAACAAUCGCAACUUCCAAAAGGACCCCAAAUGUUGACCUAAAUAUUGAUAUCUACACAGCUCAGCUGAGGGUUCCACUACUUUCAAUUUCCCCAACCACUAGUCUUUGACUCUUUAUAGGCCUGCCCCAUAAUUUCCAACUUUUUAUUUCAAAACUUUGUCGGCUGUGGUUGUGUUGGGACUGCAAAUGGAAACUUCAGCUGAAAUGCUUUCCCCGCCGCCGCCGGCCGCCACAAGGUUGCUCGAGAUCUGCCGUGUCACUCCGUCAACGCCACCUUCCGCCCAGUACACCCUACCCCUUACUUUCUUCGACACCCUCUGGCUGAAAUUCCCUCCCGUGGAGCGAAUCUUCUACAAGCUCUCCGCCACGUCAUCAUCAUCGCCGCCCGAAUUCCACGACGCCGUCGUCCCCCGCCUGAAGCGCUCCCUCUCCCUCGCCCUCUCCCGCUUCUUCCCCCUCGCCGGGACCCUCACCUGGCCGGCCGACGCCGACAUCCCCUUCAUCCUCCACACCCCGGGGGACGGCGUCUCCCUCGCAGUCGCCGAGUCCACGUCAUCCGACGGCGACGACUUCGACCUUCUCUCCGGGGACGGGCCGCGCGACGCGGCUCUCUCGCGCGCUUACUUGCCGAAACUCGCCGUUUCGGGGACGAACGCUGCCGUUUUGGCGCUGCAGGUAACUCUGUUUCCGAACAAGGGAUUCUGCAUCGGGGUGGCGUGUCACCACGCCGUAAUGGACGGGAAGAGCUCGGCGAUGUUCCUCAACGCUUGGGCUCAUAUUAGCAGGUGUGAUGACGGCGACGGGACCUUGACGGAGGAAUUGACGCCUUUUCUUGAUCGGACGGUGGUUAAGGAUCCGGAUGGGAUAGCGUUGGAAGACGUGAAGACGUGGAUGGCUAUCUGCGGUGCAGAGGAUGACACGAGAAGCUUGGAGUUUAUGCCGGAGACUGUGCUUAAUGUUUCCGAAUCAAAUAAGGUUCGAGCAACGUUCAAGCUGGCCAGACAAGACAUCCUAAACCUCAAACAAAGCACGAUGUGUCAGUUGGAAAGCAAUAAUGAUACUUGUCUGGAAAUCAAGCCGAACAAUUUAUCGACGUUCGUGAUCACGUACGCAUACACACUUGUCUGCAUGGCAAAAGCCAAAGGGUUGGAGGACGACAAGAAGGCAUUCUUCAGAUGCACGGCAGACUGCAGAUCCCGAUUGGAGCCGCCAUUGCCUUCCAAUUACUUCGGCAACUGUGUAUUUGGCUUUGCUGCUGACCUUGCCAUUGGAGAUUUGGUGCGUGAAGCUGGGAUCGCAACUGCCGCUCACAAACUUGUCGAGAUGAUAAGGGAGAUAGAUCAAGGUGUACUUAAGGAUGCCAAGGGGAAGCUAGGUAGGAUGUUCCGUGUGGCGGCGACAAGCUUAGAGGGCGGACAGAUCUGGGUCGGGGUAGCCGGGUCGACCCGGUUAGGGGUUUACGGAGUGGAUUUCGGGUACGGGCGGCCCGAAAAGGUGGAGAUCACGUCGAUUGACAGAUCGUUGGCUAUGUCGAUGGCGGAGAGUGGUGACGGAAGCGGCGGCGUCGAGGUUGGCGUUGUUAUGGAGACGCAGGAGAUGGCGGACUUCACCUCUGCUUUCAUCGACGGGAUUAUAGUUGCCUGAGCUAGGAACAAACUGAUAAAGAAGAGCAAAGUGGGCCGCCGGCUGCGGGCGAGUUAAUUGAGGUUUGGUUUGGAAGUUGCAAGUUGAAUUGUUUUGUUGAGAUUUUUUUUACGAUGGAUGGGUUGGUUUGGUUUUGAUGAUAGUUAAAUUAAUGUAUUGUCAUCAAUAUAUGUAUAAUAAUAUGCAUGUAUAUAAGAAAAUUGGUGUAUUGUAUUUAACAUCGUUUGGUUUUUGUGAUAGUUAUUGUAGUAUUUAAACAAGUUAUAUUAGUUUAUGGGUGAAAAGUCACUUUUACCCUUUAGUUUUAAUAUUAAAAAGUAACACACAUAAAAAGGUAGGACAUAGUUGGAAGAAAAAAUACUGAAUGGUUAAAGGUCGUCCUAAAAAUUACUAACCAUCGUCCUAACUUAAUAUGUAAUUUACCGAAUUGCCCAUUUUGAAUUUCAAAAUCAAACAACCCCUCCCCUUCCAUAAAUCUAAAAAAAAAAAAAAAGAUAAACCCAAAUUCAACAAAUUAUUAAUAUAACCAAUUAAAAAAACAAAUUAUUAAUAUAACAAAUUCAACAAAUUAUCUUAUGGACCGAACCAUAAAUCGUAGUAAAAGAAUAGAAAAUUAUUAAUAUAACCAAACAAAUCCAAAAAAAAUUCAAAACCCCCCAACCGAAGCCAAUUUUCGGUUGAAGGGUUUUGGAAUUUUUUUGAAAAAAAAAUCGGAUUUUUACCUAGUCGGAGUUGCUACUCAUGAUUCGGACGUAUUCCCAACAAUUACGACUCGAUAAUGUCAACGAUGAAUUCGAGAGUGUGGGAAAUUGAGUGUUUUUCAUAUUUUUUUUAGUCAAAGUGAUGUUUGUUUGCUAAAGAUGCCAAAGGGUUAAAAGUGUAACUUUGUUAUUUUUAGGACGAUCAAUAGUAAUUUUAAGGACGACCUUUAUCAAUUCCCAAAAAAUAACCUAACAAUAUCACCAAAAACUUGAGAUUUAACUAUCACUCAUUUUGAGUGAUAGUUUGUGUCAAAUCAAGCAAACAAUGCAUGUAUUAUUUGUGCAAAAAAUUUAAAAAAACAAUACAUUGUGGACAAUAUAUGCAUUGUAACUAUCCCCAUCAAACAAUCACCAAAACCAAACGACCCCUAUAUGUAUUGUUUUUAUUAUUAUUUUUUAGCAAAAACAAUACAUGAAUUGUUUCUGUGUUGUGACUGAAACUGUUGGGUCGCAUAGUUGAGCGUACUUGGGCCUCGGGCCCAAGAGGGACAGGCCAGCAACUAAGGCCCAAUAAGAGAACCUGGUCCAACCAGAAAAACCGGGUCAGCAGGCGGUCCUUGACCGACUCUAGGCCCGAAAAAUAGCCAGGAACGCCUGACAUAAAGCGAUUCGCUACAACAGAAAAGUAAAGAUCCGUUGAGAUACGUAUUCUGUGUCAGGUAAGACUGAGCAUUUAUUGCCAGCCACAUGCGGCCUGCAGAAAGGCUAAAAGCCUGCUCAGGGCGCCUGACACGGCUCGGGACGCCUGACGCGACAUUUAAUGCCCCAACCACCCUCAAACCAGAUAUAAAUACAGAGUGAGUGCAUUAAUGGUAAACUCAACUACUCUCUAUCUCUCUAUCAUAAAUUCAUCUCCUUUUCCCUUCUCUCUCUAACUUAAGCUUCGGAGGGUGUCUCGGGCCACCGCCCCAGACCCUUGUUUUGCAGAGUAUCUGAGGCGCUCCCCUGUAUCCAAGAACAGACGCCUCGCCCUAGCUCCACAAACCGCCUAGUACUUACUAGGCACAAACAGAAACUAUCACUCAAAAUGAGUGAUUGUUAUAUCUCAACUUUUGGCUGUGAUUGUUGAGAUAAUUGAGUUGAGAUUGUUUUGUCUAAGUUUUUAGCUGAUGUGACAUACACAAUCACACAUACCAAAUGUUGUAUUUUACAAUAAAUUAAAUUCGACAAU